AUGAAGAUUCCUGUUUUUCUCUUUUUUUUAUUUUUCUUUCUGGACCCAAUGUCACCAGUGAAAUGUGCCAUGAAAGACACCAUUAGUUGCUUUGUCCUGAAAGGCAAAUGUAAACGUGUGUGCAAUAACUUGGAACGGUCAGUUGGUCACUGCACAAAACUAAAUGUCAACUGUUGUCUAGUUUGA